UAUCACUGUUACAGAUUGUGAAACGAAAAAGAUUUAAAUUCAAACGAACCAAGAAGAUGAUAAAUGUUCCUUUUUCUAAAUGUUAUUCUGGCAAAAGGUACAUUCUCAGGGUUGUUUGAUUUUUUGAAAUUCGAUAAUUACGAAAACUUUGUGGACCGAGCAAGAUAUGAUGCAGACAUAAACACAGAGGAUCCAUCUCUUUUGGACCUUAUGAAAACGGAAUUUGUGGUUUUCGGGACGGAAACUUGCGGAUUCACGAAAAAGGCUCUAGGGCUCCUCAAAGACAAAGGUGUCAGCUACGUAUUUGUCGACAAGGAUAAAAAUAUGACGAAUACAUACGAAACGCUAAAAAGUACUCUUCAACACGACACAUUGCCACUUAUAAUACACAAUAAACGCUUUUUAGGUGGAUAUGGUAAACUGAUAAAAUACUUCGAGAAUCCAAUGAACAAUAGUGAUAGCACGCAAGAUUCCUACAGAAAAUACUACGAAAACUACUACAAAGGAUACUAUGGAAACGCAUAUAAUAACUCCGAAUCAACCAACUAUUCUUCCCAGUAAAACAGGAAUAAAUUUAUAUGGUUCUCGUUUAAGCCGUUCUUACACGUGUUUAAUGGGUACCAUGUAAUGACUCAUCUAUGGUAAAGUUAGCCUACCAAUCUUUCUGAUUAUUCCCCUAUGAUACGAAAUAUCUGAAUAAUAA